AUGUCCCCUUUCUUUGAGGAGCUACGUAGUAAGCAGUUCUGGCGCGCCAUUCUUGCAGAGCUGCUUGGCACCCUGGUUUUAGUGAGCGCCGUGCUGGGUGCAUCUGUGCCAGGCCCUGGAGAGGCCCCCACGGGACCCCUGUACCCAGCAGUGGCAGUGGGUGUGACGAUUGUCGCACUGGGACACUGUUUUGGAGAAAUAAGCGGGGCACAGGUGAACCCUGCAGUGACUCUGGCUCUGUUGGCCACUCGGAAGCUGGAAGUUGUCAGAGCUGUUGUUUACAUGGCUGCACAGUGUUUGGGGGCCUCUUUAGGAGCCGGGGCCCUCUACUUGGCCCUGCCAGUCAAAACCACUGCAGACCACUUUGUCAACAGGGUUCCUAUAGAGUUAAAUGCAGCCCAGGCUCUGGGCAUGGAGGUUUUGUGCACCUUCCAGAUGGUCUUCACUGUGUUCUCAGUAGAGGAUCAGCGGCGGAGGGAAAGCCCAGAACCAGGGAACCUGGCCAUUGGAUUAGCACACACUGCUGGAGUGCUAAUAGGGGGGCGGUUCUCUGGUGCUAGUAUGAAUCCCGCACGUUCUCUGGGUCCAGCCAUCAUCACUGGAUUCUGGGAAAACCACUGGGUUUAUUUGAUCGGACCAGUGAUCGGUGCUAUACUGGCUGGAGUGUCCCAUGAGUUCUUCUUUGCACAAAGCGCCUCUCGCCAGAAGCUGGUGGCUUGUCUGACCUGUAAGGACAUAGAGAUUGUGGAGACGACCAGCAUGACGGGAUCAUCUCUGUCCACAGUCACACCAAACGCCAUGAGAGCCAAGCAGGCCAACAAACAAGAAAACAACUGA